UUAACAUUUUUUUUUGUCUUCUUUCGUUACAGACGUCAUCCUGGCCAACACAUCUGGCAGACGAACAGAGCAGCAUCGAAGACGGUUCUAAUCCAGACAUUCUAAUACUCAUUUCCUGUCACCACCAGCAUUCAAGCUCUUUGAAUGUCAGCUAGCAAAUGUAUAUCGUCAGGAGAUUCUCCAACCGACGGAGUUUCUGUGGGAGCUUAGCAAUAAUCAUUCUGCUCUGCUGUUUGGUCUACGCUUUGCUUGGUUCACAUCUGAGGAUAAUAGCUGUUUCAAACUUCCAGCUCAUCAGGAAGUCUUUGCCAGAAGAUUUACUGCGCCAUGCAACUACUCGACAGACAAGUUCCCAACAUGGCAACGCUGCGUGGCACACUAACCGCAAUGUCGUCACAGCUUCUACAUUGGCAAAAAAUAUUUCUAAAUUACAUUCCAAACAGAUGACGACGCACCAAAAUGUAAUCCAAAAAAAAGUUAUUAAAAAAUUAAUUUCUGAUAUCAAGCAAUCUAAUCCAAAAAGUUUUCACGAAACAAAACAUGUAAAAGAAGAGGCCUUGAAAAAAGACAAUUUUCCAAAACGUUUUCAUAUACCUGAUGUGCCCCCUGUGUCUGUUGAUGACACAGUUCCUUAUAUACCAAAACCUGUGAUAAAUCAUUUCUUAACGUUACCAAAACGAGAAUACACAGAAGAAGUUCUUAUUUUGACUCCAAUUCAUAAUGUCGCUGAUCAUUUGAAUCACUAUACUAAUCUACUGAAGAAUUUGACCUAUCCUCGCCACCUGGUAUCAGUGGCACUCGGUGAGGACUGUAGCACUGACGAGACGUUGAUUGUGGCAAAGGGUGUUGUUGAAGAACUGUCUCGCAUAUUCAAAACAGCCAGGCUGUUUCACUUUAACUUAACUGGUCAAAUAACUGGGCGAUGGAGUGUCGUGCAUGAUCACGCAAUGCAGUUGUCACGGCGCAGCCAUCUGGCGAAAUCACGUAAUCUCCUCCUACGGAACAGUCUGAAAGACGAAACAUGGGUCAUGUGGAUUGACAGCGACGUGUCACGCAUACCCGGUGACUUGGUUCAGCAGCUAAUCUCAGCUGACAAGGAUGUUGUAGUUCCAUCUUGCCUUUUUCAUGAUGGAGUCAACACAAGAGUUUAUGAUAAGAACACUUGGCGGGAGACAAAUUUAUCAUGGGAAAAGCAAAAACACCUACCGCCAAACCAAUUGGUUCUAGAGGGAUACGGUCCCUCAAAUCGGCUGUAUUUACCUCACCUGCGUGCAGAGGGUCGUCUGGUACCCAUAGACGGCGUUGGUGGCUGCAGUCUUCUCGUUCGAGGAGACUGUCACAGAAAAGGAUUGGUAUUUCCAGAAGAAAUAUACCAAAAUCAUAUAGAAACGGAAGGUUUAUCAAAGAUGGCAAGAACUAUGAAAUUUUCUGUGUAUGGAAUGCCUUUUGUCGAAGUUUACCAUUAAAAAGAAUAUAAAGUUUAGCAGAUUAAAAUUUUAUCUGAUAAGAAAAAUUAUUGAAAUUUUAUCUGGAAGAAAGAAAAAAAAAAAAAGAAUUCAGAAUGGAAAUGCUAUUUUCAAUGUAAAUUAAUUCGGAUUUGAAACGUUCUAUAAAUCAUUUCAUGCUGGAAUAAAUAUGUUUUGAUAAUGCCUUAUGUUUAAUAUAUAAAUCACAC